UCUAAGCAGCCAACCUAUCCCAUGUUGGUGCUAGAUAGAGUAGCAGUCUCACUGGCUGGCCUAAUUGGCUCUUGUUCUUAAUGUGGUCUGAUGGACUGUUCUCAAUAUCCCUCCAUUGGCCAUGGUACUCAGUAACUUGCAGGAGAGUUCUUCAGUUUGCUGGUUUCCCAGGCAGAAGUCCCAAUCCCCCGCCCAUCUCUAUGUGGGAGUUUGUGGUAUGCUCAGUUCAGCUCUCCUGCCAGGGCUGGGAAGCUGAGUCCUGUCGUUUCACUGGGUUCACAAGAUUAAUUUUCCAGCCCAAGUAGACUGCCUAACUCCAGCUGGGGGCCUAGAGGCAGAUUUGGGAACUAGUCCAUUUGGAGGAGUGGGGUCCUGGGGAUCUUCAGCUGUCUUCUUAAUAUGUGAGCUUUCCCUAGCACCAGGCCUUUCCAUUCUGGGGUGGGGAGAAAACGGGUUGGCAGGCUUUGUUUCUCCUCUUGCUGUCUCUGAGCCUUCUUCCCAGCCUUCCCCCCACUUCCCUUUCCAUGGGUAGUGUAUCUUGGAGUUCUGAGCCAUUGUUUUUGCCAUAGUUUGGGGUUUUCUGUCACUGGAGAAAGCUAUCAAGGGAGAUUGGAGUUCUGCAUAAGAGCAAAGUGGUUCUAUUCCUAGAUCCCUUGUUCACCCAAAGGGCUUGAGAUGUAUGUGAGAAAGAACAACCAAGAGAAUAACAAUCAGGGGAUGGGAGAGGGCUAUGCCUAGUAGGUAUGGGUCCGAGCGUGGUCAGGGGUGAAGCUGUAUGAGGGAUCACUUCUUGCUGUACCCCCCCUUCCAUCCCACUCCCUGUACAAAGUAAGGGAGCUCUUACACAUCCAUGGUACUCACUUUUUUGCCUCUCCAACUAUAGUGCCACCUCUUGUCUCUGGACCUGUUGUCUGUCACCUUCCUAGUCCUUCAGGGCUCAAUGAAAAUACUUCCCGAUGCCCCACUACACACUCCACAAAUGUUCGCAGAACAUGUCUAGUGUACCAUGGAUGAGUUUGGUUUGUCUCUUCCCUUCUCUAGGAUUGCCCAGGUUUAUCCUAAGCCAUGUCCAGAGCCUCUGGUGAGAUUUUCUAUCUCCUAGCAUCUCAAGGAUGAGGGAGCAAGCACACUUUGUGGUGACUCCAAGUACCUAUGGGGCCACUUCUUGUACUGAGAGGCCUACACUCUCAGCCCUAACCUGGUGUCUUCUCCAGGUACCCCUAAAGCCUGCUUUCUACCUACUACUACUGCUGCUGGCAUUUCUUGGAUCUGCCCUGGGCUGGCCUGGGUCCCAGUCCUGCAGUGUCCAGGAGGUACUCCGCCACUACCAAGCUGUCAUCUUCCAGGACUUGCAGGCUGCGAUGCAAUGGGCUGGGAUGGGAGUUCAACGAACAGAGCCUGGAUCCCGACACCACCGCUUCAUUCAGAAAAACCUGACUGGAGCUGGUGGAGGUCAGGGACAGCCAGGAACCUCCUGUGGUGCCCAAAAGGUAUGGGGGAGGUACCCCCAAACAACUACUUAUUCCCUCCUCAGGCCCUACCCCCACUCCCCCUGCUCUGGCUUUCCUCCUCUUCCAACUCAGGAGAGUAGCAUUCUACUGUCUAUUGAGUCCUUGGGUCAGACCCUUCUUGGGAGUGUGGCUGGAGUACCCCACAAUGCAUUUGAGAAAGCGGCAUGGACAGUGGCAGUGCGCACGGAGGCAGUGAUGCGCAGACACUGCCGAAUAUCCUACAGGCAGAUCCAGCAGCCAAAGAAGCAGGCGGUACAGCCGCGCAGCAGUCGGAGGCGGCUCCUGCUACGGGCCCUAUACGCCGUCGCCACCUGCUGGGAAAAGCUCUUUGCGCUAAGUGCCUUGGCCACAGGCGAAUUCUAGCACUGUCCCUGUUCUCACUUCCUCUUCUCAUAGAAGAUUGGAAACAAACUGA